GUAUGAAGUGCGUGUGAAGGGUGAAUGGGGCGUGUGACCAGAACUAGCUCCUCGAGCUUCAUGAACAAGUAACCCAAUUCAUGAGGGCAAUUCAGGAUAGAUGGGCCGUUGGGUAGAUAAAUAGUGCGCGGCCAACAUGCCUCCCCAUUACCCUGUAUCUAGGUCAUCCGAGUAAUUCUCGGACAGAUCGGUGUAAUUGAUCUCGUGAUUGAUUCCUUCCUGAUCUCCCUUCCUCUCCCCAGGCACAGUUUCCCGUGAAAUGUCGGAGCACGUGACCGGAAGUAGCAACAUGACUCACGAGAAUUCUUCAGUGGUAGAGCUCAACGUCGGAGGCGUUUUCUACAGCACAAGUGUGGAGACGUUGAAGAGAGAGCCCGAGGGAACGCUGGCCAAGUUGUUCUCUGACAGUGGCAAGAUGAAGGCAGCCAGAGACGCCAAGGGGAAGUACUUCAUCGACCGGGACGGCGUUUUAUUCAGAUAUGUCCUCGACUAUCUCCGAAAUUUGAAACUGGUUCUCCCAGAAAACUUCCACGAGAAAGACCGGCUACGCCAGGAGGCCGAACACUACAAUCUUCCAAACCUGGUCAAAAUGGUGGCCGCCCACCCGUCGUUUCGCUCCGCCCACUACUCGCAGCUUCCCUCCCUCGGCCACCCGCAGCACGACAAUCGGUAUCAUUCCCUGAUGAGCAAACACAUCUCGCCCCUCCCAUCGACCGCAGCAGGAGGAGCAGGGGCCGGGGGAAGUAGCAGCUCCUCUACCCAAUUAGACGCCAGUAGCAGUGCCGGGGCCAAAGGUCAAAACUUAUCUUCUUCAGAGACACUGGCUCCCGACACCGCUGGAAACGCCACCUCCACUAACAACACUCCGAUGACGUCAGCUUCGCCUUCUGGGGAUUCUCGAGGCUCCGGCUGUAUCACAGUCGGAUACCGGGGCACGUUCGCGUUCGGCCGUGACGGUUUAGCGGAUGUGAAGUUCCGCAAACUGAGCCGGAUUAUUGUCUGUGGAAAAGUGUCGCUUUGCCGUGAAGUCUUUAAAGACACGCUGAACGAGAGUAGAGAUCCAGACAGGGGUGACAGCGAUCGCUACACAAGCAGGUUCUUUCUCAAGCAUUCGUUUUUGGAGCAGGCUUUUGACAUGCUGCUUGAAGAAGGUUUCGAGUUGGUCGCGUCCUGUGGUUCUGGCACCAACAGCGCCGGAGAAGUCAAGCCUGGUCUGGAUACGGAAGAGGCAAAAUGGCAACAUUAUAACGAGUUUAUCUUCGGAAGGCGUUGAAGAUGAAACAAUAUAGAAGCAUUUGUGGGGGAGGACAGGAAAUAGCACUACAUGUGUUGCCAUAGAGGAUCCUUGUUAGCUGGAAGACUGUCAAGACGCUUGUGAAUAAGAUAGCAUUUGUGGGGGAGGACAAGAAAUAGCACUGCAUGUGUUGCCAUAGAGGAUCCUUGUUAGCUGGAAGACUGUCAAGACGCUUGUGAAUAAGAUAGCAUUUGUGGGGGAGGACAAGAAAUAGCACUGCAUGUGUUGCCAUAGAGGAUCCUUGUUAGCUGGAAGACUGUCAAGACGCUUGUGAAUAAGAUAGAGAACAGAGGUAUGUUUUCAGAGGCAUCACCAUCUUUAAGGAUUUGCCGAGCGAACUGUUCAAAGCAUUUACGAUCAAAUGAUGAGUCUAUGCUUUGUUUAAGUUGUGACGGUUUUUUUCAAAAAGCUUGAUAUAACAAAGUUGUUAUAUUACCAUAAUGAGACCUUUUGCUGAAAUGAUGGUAUGUUAAGUACCACCGCAAUAAUAAUUGGAAGCAUAUCAUUGUAUGAGCUCUGUUAAAAGUUCAAGGCUGUUAAAUAUAGCAGACUUCCUGUAUAAGAGAGUUUGAGAUGUUAUCACGUUAUGUUACAAACAGUAUCUUAUGCAAGACUACAACUAAAGGGACAGAAAGAUGAUACAUUGACCCCAGAGUGAGUUUUGGUGAUGAAGUAUUUCAUGGCCGAUUUGGUACAAAACAUGCCAAGACCCGUCUCCUCAGUGUUCUAAUUGUGUCCAUGGAGGCUUUGCACAUUUACGGUAUUUAGAUGCCCAGCACGGAGACGGAAUGAGAGCAAUAUCUAGUUGACGUUAGGUAUUAUACCUUAUAACAAUUGUGAAUAUGAUGCUUACAUUAUGUGAGAUGACACCCAAUAACGAUUGCGACGAUCACGAUGCUUACAUUAUGUGAAGUGAUGCCUAUUAAGUAUUGUCAGUGUGACACUAGACUUUGUAUGAUUUGGAAAGACGGUACUGAACUUGAUAACGAUGCCUUGUACGAAAUUUCGUUGAACUAAAUGAAUCUUUAGCCAUUUGUUUUCUUUUUGCUAGACGCCCCCGGGCCCUUUCCCCAAAACCACACACACACUCACUUACACACACUCAAACAUACCCACACACACUCACACACACACUCUCUAUCUCUCACACACACACACACGCAACACAUAUAUGCAUGCAAAUAUACACACUCAAAUGUAUACACACUUCACUAGGUUAAAUAAUAUCAUGUCGCUUUCAUAAAUAUAGUGAAGGCGGACAAUUUGCCCUUGUGCAAUUGUUAAUAAUAGAUCCCCAUCAUUAGAAUUUGUACUAGAUUGUGUUUGAGUCCUGUAGCCUGGCGUAUGAUCCUUAUUAAAAGCUCAAAACGGUCUUCAGCAAAGAACUGAGUAGAACUGAGCCAUAGAUAACACAACAGUACUGUCUUUAAGAAAAAAUAGGUUGCUUUAUAACGCAUUGUAGAAGCUGAAUCUUUAAAGACAGAAUGGAAGCACUACUAGAAAAGUUGACAUCGUGUUGGUCUACAGUGCGCAUGACCUUUGUACGAACCCUAAAUGUGGCGUUCUCAAUUAAACAUUGUUCUUUGUGGGAAUUUCAAAUUUUCCACUCACUUUUUCCGGUCUUGCAGGAGACAGACAUUUAGUUCGGAUGUCCAUCUUCUUGAACAACAGUAGCAUCUAAAAGGCGCUCUAUCCCAUUCAAUUAUUACCAACUCUCCCGAAAGGCAGACGUUUCUACCCAAUUACUCUUCAGAAACAAACGUAUGAUAAUAGUUGUGAAAAUUGAGGUGUAUUUAAGGGAUUCAGAAAUUUACAACACUUUGGGUUGUCAUGUUCAUUAUGGACUGCUGUUUCUUAAAAGUAAUCGGUUUUGUGUAAAAUGCUUUUCCAGUUUAUAAUGUUAUGCGUAUGGUAAUGCAUAAUUAUGACGCUUUUAUGGCUUGUAGUUUUUGUAAAGUGGGGAAGAUCGAUGACUCGUAUUCAUGUUGCAUACAUAUGUAUAUGUCUGGGAUUGCAUGACACUGUGUUAUUAUGAGCGUGUGUGCUAGUUGAUAUGAUAACAUUAUAUGUUUGUGUUUUGCAUUGAUACAAAUGUGCAAGGUGCACCAUCUACGAUUGUCGCUCACUGUCUUUUUUUUUUUUUUUUACAUGAAAUCACAAACCUUGUGAAAACUACAAAUAAGAGGAAACAAUGUAAGAGACAGCAAUAUUGUUGGUGAAUCUUACAUUGUUUGAAAUUGGUCACAGAUGGGAGUUGAACUGGUCAGGUGAACACGAAAAUGCAGUUAGCCUGUCUGCCAGUUUCCAAAAUAGCGUGCUGUACUGUAUUAUUGUUCUCUUUAAACCUAUGAGAUAUGAUCAUAAUUAAGUGCAGUGUAGUUAAGUGCUUUUGAGAAACGUUGCUAGAAGAGCUGGAAGCGUGUGUUCUAUCCGAAAAAACGACACCUUGAGAACAGGAAAGCAGAGAUAGAAAGUCAAUUAAGAAUAAGCGCUCAUCUUGAGUUGUUGUUUUUUUCACCUUAUCUAACAGUACGCUGAUUCUUUUGAUGAACACAUAGACUCUUCAUCUUGUACACAAAGAACGAGGGUUCCAUUCCUUUACUUGUGGAGUGUUUCUGCCUUUUUACUGGGAUAUAUCCAAUGCAGCACGAGGGGACGUUAACAGGCAGGGACAAAGCAGUAAGUUUUCUAGAUAUUCUAGACAAUUUUAUACUGUGUGGACUGGGGUGCAAACAAUCUGCAGGAUCAACAACCUCGGACACAGAAGACGUGAGUCUUGAUUGAUUCCCAAAUGGGGAAGCUAUUUUAUCAAGUAUCCAUGUCUGUGCUCUGGGUUGCAAUAUCCCACUUUGCCCAGGUUUGAUCUUAUCAGGCAGAGUCGAAGCAGGCAGCCAGCUACUAGAUAAUCCAAGUUCUAUCGAUGAGGAUGUAAACAUCUGUUGUCAUUCUGAGACCCUUUAUCAAAAGACACCCAGGGUUGUCGAUGGGGCAGUUUUCCAUGCCCUUCCUCUGGCACGACUAGGGUCCCAUCCUUUUCAAUAGAAGAAACGUAAAUGAUAGCCACAUUCCAUUGUGUGGCUGGAAUUUUAAGUAGUAAACGUUGGAACAUUUGGUGGAAAUUUGGUGACCGAUACUGUUUACACCUCUGUAAACUAUUUUCAUUGUCAUAUAUUUUUGCAUCAUUUGAUAUGUUAAUAUGUCCAUUUACUGGAAUGACUGCUUCCUUUUGGAGUGAGCUGGUUCAUAAACUUUGUCGAAGUAACUAAGCAAAUAAUGUUAUUUUGUAUAAUACAGUAAUUAGACAGAUUUCCGCCAUGUUUCCUCUUUUUAAGAUUCUUAUGGUAGUUUUGUUUUCUGGAUUUUUCCAGCCAUAAAUACACUAGCAUGAAUACAUACUUUGUUAUAAAUUACAAUAAUUGCUUCCAGUAUUCUCAUAUUCAUGACAUUUAUCAUUCGCGAUCACUCUCUUGCGUUGGGUCUGUUUGCCAUGCGUUACGUGGUUUUCAUAAAAUAAUGUAACCGCUUGUACGAAGUGUGACUGGAGGAUUUUUUAAUUAGAAUACUUGAAGUAUAAGGGUUAACAGCCUCUUUGGUAUAGUGGUUACCUUCAGCGCAGCUGCAUUCAAGAGGUGUGAAAUUAAUUCAAGUUGGAGGUAACCUACUCUGAUUUAUAAACGAGUGUCUCCGUAUAUCUGUUAGGGUGUGGAAUUACCCAUAUAGACAAAGUCGGAACAACCCGUUUUUGCAAUAAUUUAUGGAGUCAAUUGGGACGUAUGUUAAUUUUUGUUGUUUUUUCAAAAAAAAACAAGCGCGGAUAUAUACAGCCUUUAUUUCCUGGCUCGCAAAGCGAAUAACUGUUUCGAUGUUGAAACUGAACAAAAGUUCUUAAGAUUUGAAGAAUUUCAAGUGGUGUUUUUGUACCCACAGUAACGUCUAUUGAAUUCGCUGACUUUUUCAGUAUAUUAUGGUCUGACUCUGUGUAAAAGUUUAAAUUAGUAAAUGAAGCGAUGUGCUGGUGUGUGCUUGGUGGAUUUGGUAGAUAUGCAGUGUUGUCAACUAAUGAACACUAUCGCUUUUCCUUUUGGUGAAUGUUAAGUAUGGAACUCAUCUAAGUAUUGAUUAUAUCAUGACCAUUUGUUCUAUUAUCACUGUCAUUUUUCUUCUUUUGUUUCUUCUUCUUCUUCUUCUUCUUCUUCUUCUUCUUCUUCUUCUUCUUCUUCUUUCUAUUAUUUUUUUUUCAAUGUUAUUUGGGUGUUAGUGCGUACGUAUAGUAAUAGAGUCACUUGUCGUGAAGAAAGUCAUGCUUUAUGCUAAACAUCAUUGUAAAGGAGUGGAGAUGCCAUACGCCAUAUCAACUUUGAAUUUGACCUGCCAUACUUUUUCAUCUUUCGCUUGCAAAUUCUGACGUUUAGAUACAAUGUUCUAUUAUUCUAUGAGCGUAUACAAUGCACAUCUAAUUUACCAUAGUCAUCAUAAUGUGAAAGACAUCCUGAGCACAGGGUUAAAAGGUUCCUUUUGCAAUGCAUUUUUGAUGUACGAAGAUAAGUAAUCUUUCUGUUCUGUGCUCUGGAAAUAAACACAUUUACACUUAAG